AUGGCCAAACUCCGUUUCCCGCUCAAGCACAGCCGUUCCAUCACCUCGGAGCCCUGGAGAAAUGACAACCCGUUUGGACCGCCUCACAUGCAACACUCAUUUCCCAACGGCGGCAUUCGACUGCUCCGAAACACCCUCUCCAAACUAUCACGAUCCGCGUUCGCCGAGAAAGAGGAACUCCGCAAAAGAAACCAGUACAAAAUCCCGUUAACCCACCGGAACGUGGUCAACUUCGUUACAGAACAAGAAGUCGAAGAAGCCUGUCGACCCAAUAAAGCGCGAUCACCAGAACUCCAGGUCGCUGAAUGGCUUGCACACGUUUCUUGA